GAUGGCUGGCAGUGUGUGUGUGUGUUUUGUGACGGGUUGAAAAUGGCGGCGAAAGGUAGCUAGAGCCCACUAACUUUGACGGAUGACAGCAACAAGAUCAGCAAUUAAAAACACAAGAUUAUAUGUAAGUGACAACGCCUUGGGCAGAACUGAAACGUAUUCCCUCAUUUCUUUGAGACAGUGAUAAGGAACACAACACCGCAAGAGCUUUCUGUCUGAUGUGGUAGAAGGUUAGCUAUUAGCUUUGCGUGAUGUUAGCCAGCUUGCUAGCCCCCAUAUAGUAGAGCUUGCUGUGAAAUUAACCAAGAUAGGUUACGUUAGUUAGCCAAAUUAACCAAAGCGUCAGCUAACUACCGAGUUAUAUGGCACACCAUGGGUAGCUGGCUCUAGCAUCUUCUAACGUCUCAGCGAUAUAGCUACAGCACUCAGGAAGUGAGUAGGUUAGCCAGCUAGCUAUGUAGAAAAGAACAUAUCCAGCUAACAUAAGCGCUGCAAAUACAUGUUUAAACGGACAGCAGUUGGCCAACUGCGAGACAUUCCGUCAGCUAGCUUGGUAAUGAUGUACUAUCAAACGAAUGUUAUCGCAAUUAAAUAGCUAACGUAGUGUUUGAUAAGUUAUCGGUGGCUAUAGUCUCGCUUUCGUCGUUAUCUUUAGCUGGUAAAUUCUAACGAGCUGCACACUUGUUUGGACAAACAAUGUUUCUUUUUUAACGAGCUAGCUAUCUUGCAACAGUCGCGGCUGUAGAAUGGGAUACUUGGCUAGCUGACUCAUACUAGUACUAGCCAGCUAAUUUAUAUUUUCACAGUUAAUGGGCACCACGUGAUAUUUUUGUCUUCUUGAACAUUCAGUUAACGAAUCAGGCUGUAUUAUUUGCUCAUUCGCAUUUUAUGUGUGAUUAGUUUAUGUUGAUGUCACCUAAGUUGGCUAACUAGUGUUUCCUAGGUGCUUAGCUAACAUUCGCUAAAUACAUUAUCGUUAGCCAGAAGUGUUUUGCGGGAGUUGGCUAACUUUAGCUAGCUAACUUAGCUAAAUCGUUUUGUAAUGUAACCUGUUUAUUUAGCCACCUGAUAAGGGAAUUGCGGUAGCUAGUCAGGUACCGUUAGAGUUCCCUAGCUAGCUAGCUAACUACCAGCUAACUAACUUCGGUAGCUUUGGGUUUAACCAUAUGUUGUUUUUUUAAGAUCAUGGUGUUCGGUUGUUUAUAAUAUUUAAUCCACCAAAAUAAGCGACUUUGGACAACUAUUGCGUAACAUAGAGUUUGAGCCACGCUUCUUGGUGGUGUCGGUAAUUCGCCGUGGGAAUAGCUACCACUGUCACCGCAACUUGAACAUGGAAGACGCCCGUCCUCGCUACAGCAAGAGAUUGCGGUCAGGUACACGGCGGCGUUACCAAGAUGAUGGUAUCUCUGAUGACGAGAUUGAGGGGAAGAGGAGCUUUGACCUGGAAGAGAAACUGCAGAGUGACCAGUUCAGUUCCUGUCUGGUCAAGCGCAUGGAGGGCAAAGACUUCACUUUUGAGUACAUUCAGAGGGAAGGGCUGAGGGACCCCAUCAUCUUUGAGAAACCAGACGGCCUGGGCAUUCAGAUGCCAGAUACAGAUUUUAGUGUGAAUGACGUGAAGCUGUUUGUUGGCAGUCGGAGGGUAGUAGAUGUGAUGGAUGUGACCACUCAGAAGGGGAUAGAAAUGUCGAUGGCGCAGUGGAGACGGUACUAUGAGACUCCACCUGCCCAGCGGGAGAAACUCUACAAUGUCAUCAGCCUGGAGUUCAGCCACACCAAACUGGAGAACCUGGUCAAGAGGCCUGCAUCGGUGGAUAUCAUCGAUUGGGUGGAUAACAUGUGGCCACGACACCUGAAGGAGAGACAGAGAGACUCCACUAAUGCCAUCAUCGACAUGCAGUACCCCAAAGUACAGAAGUACUGUCUGAUGAGUGUAGAGGGCUGUUUCACAGACUUCCACGUCGACUUCGGGGGCACCUCGGUCUGGUACCAUGUAUUGCGUGGGGGCAAGGUGUUUUGGAUAAUCCCGCCAACACCCCGGAACCUUGAGCUGUACGAGAACUGGGUGUUGUCAGGGAAACAAGGCGACAUCUUCCUGGGUGACAAGGCCACGGAAUGCCAGAGGAUUGAGUUGAAGCAGGGGUACACAUUUAUGAUCCCCUCAGGGUGGAUCCAUGCUGUGUACACGCCCGUCGAUACGCUGGUGUUUGGGGGGAACUUUCUUCACAGCUUCAACAUCCCCAUGCAGCUUCACAUCAACAACAUUGAGGACCGAACACGGGUCCCGGCUAAGUUUCGCUACCCCUUCUACUAUGAGAUGUGUUGGUAUGUGCUGGAGAGGUACCUGUACUGCCUGACCAACACCUCACACCUCACACCCGAGUUCCAGAAACACUCACUUGGCGUAGGACUAAAGAGAGAAGAUGUUCUUAAUCAGUGUGUGAAGGAAGAUUCAUUGUUGUCAUCAUCGGAGGAGGAGGAGAAACUCACCCCUACCCCCUCUAAGCCGGGGGUGAAAGUUAAUCUGACGCCAUUUGAACUGGAGGGGCUGUGGAAUCUGUUGGGGAAGCUGGAGUCACUCCCCUCCCACAAGAAGUGUGUUCCAGCUGGAAUCCAUAAUGCUCCUGCCCUGCUGCACGACAUAAGGACCCUGUUGCUGGAACAUGCCACUGACGACCCCAAACUGGCCUACACUGGGAUACCCAUAGUCAGGUGGCCAAAAAGGCCCUCAUGGUACCAACCCCUACCACCACCCCUCCUGCUGCAGCGGCCCAGGCUGUCCAGCCUGCCCCAUCCCCAGCCCUCCCGACGUCCUGUCAAACCCCCGUCCUCCAUUUCGGCUCUGCGAAGGAGAAGGGUGCGCUGUAAGCGCUGCGAGGCCUGUUUGCGCACUGAGUGUGGCGACUGCAACUACUGCCGCGAUAUGAAGAAGUUCGGUGGGCCAGGCCGGCUCAAACAGACCUGUGUACUGAGACAGUGCCUCGCUCCGGGGCUACCUCUCUCAGCAGUGUGUGCUGUUUGUGGUGAGGGGAAUCAGGAUGCUGAUGAAACUCCCCUUACCCUGAUGGAGUGUUCCAACUGCGCCCAGAUCACUCACCCUGACUGCCUAAAGGUACCGGCAGAGGGUGUGGUGAACAGAGACCUGCCCAGCUGCUGGGAGUGCCCCAAGUGCAUUCUGGAAAGAGGCUGCACCUCAGUGUCCUCCAGUAGCAGUGAUGAUGACAGCAUUGCCUCUGCCUACUCUAUCUCCCCGUCUGUGCCCCCCCCAGCUAAGCGCUCUCACAGGGAUGGUGUUGGGUACAAGGCUGGUGACAGUGGAGGCGGGGUCAGGGUCUCGCACCGCAGCCAGGGUGCUCUGAUCUCCACCCUGUCUGAGCCGCGAUCACGCCGCAUGGUGCCUCCUCCCUCACACCGGCUGCUAUUGCAGCAGCAGCAGAACAGGAGGCGGGCAGGGGCUCUGGAGAUGCGCCUCAGGAGGCGGAAGAGAAAGGCUUCCUCUCCAGACUCCUGUUCUCCUAAACUCCACCGGCAAAAACAGGACCACGACAGCUACGAGGGCAGUGACCAGCUGGGGCGAGGCCUGAGAGGUCCCCAGUCCCUGAGGGGGUCAGGGAGACGUCUGCACCGUAGGGGCAGGGCCAGGGGAUGCUGGUUAUGGAGGGGUUCUGCCUACCAGGCGGGGCAGGGGGGCAGGCUUGCCCGAGACCCGCCCUUGGGCCUGAGCCCUCGACUCAGGAUGGGUGUACAGAACAGCCGGGGAGAGAGGGGGAGGGGCUGGGUGCGUCUGAGAGGAGGGGGGCGGAGCCAACGGCGCAGGGUGGAGAUGGAGGAAGAAGAAAAGGAGGAUGAGGAGGAGGGAGAUGAGGAGAGGGAGGAGGAGGGGCAAUGUAGGGGCAGGCUGGACAAGGAGAACAGGCCACACCGACGGAGAGGGAGAGUGAGGGAGAAUGAGGAAGAGGAGAAAGAAGAUUGCAAUGGAGGUAGGUGCUGGGGCGGAACAGAAGAGGAUGAAGAAGAAGGUGAAGACGGCAGAGAGGCCAAGCCCGAUCCGGUUCUGCUGGUGUCGGACUUGAGCGAGGGGCCGGUGAAUGGGUCUUACCUGACAGUGACUCUGCAGCGCCCGUCAAAAGCCAAACGUGACCCCAGCGCCAUCGUGCCCAAGCUGGAGGCAGCUGUGGCCGCCCGGGCCCCCCCUCUCCCUCCUUUGGGACAGGGCUACGUCCAGUGCAAAUCCCUGCUGCGGCCCAAAUUCAAACUCAAAAAUGGGGUGGAGUCAGUGGUGGGAGGCCAUGCCACCAGUUCUGCUUUCGGUCGCUUGGAGCAACGGGGGGUCUCUUCUGAGCCUCGAGUGACAUUGUGCCGUCUGGACAAGAAUAAGGAGGGAUCUUGCCCAUCCACUUCCUCUUUCUCCUCCUCCACUUUGGCUAUGCCUGCCCCUUCCUCCAUCCUCUCUCAUCCCUUGCUCAGGGAAGUGGGGAAUGAGCCAGGAUGUGAGAAGGAGGUGUGGGUGUCGGUGUUCCGCUACCUGACACGAGCCGAACUGUGUCUCUGCAUGACCGUCUGCAAGAGCUGGUACAAGUGGAGCUGUGAUAAGCGUCUGUGGACACGGAUCGAUUUGAGUCGCUGCCACUCCAUCAGCCCCCAAGCCCUGUCGGGGGUAAUCAAACGCCAGCCCGUCUCCCUGGACCUGUCCUGGACCUCCAUCUCUAAGAAACAACUCACCUGGCUCAUCAACCGUCUCCCAGGUCUGAAGGACCUCACGGUUUCGGGGUGCUCUUGGUCCUUGGUUUCGGCCCUCAGCUCCCCCAGCUGUCCCCUACUGCGGACCCUGGACCUGCGCUGGGCCGAGGGGGUGAAGGACAUGCAGAUGAGGGACCUGCUGACUCCACCAGGCUGCGAUAACCGCAGCAAGCUCAGGAACCUGCAGUCGUUCCGGCUGGCGGGGUUGGAGAUCAGCGACUCCACGCUGAGACUCAUCAUCAGGCACAUGCCCCUGCUGGCGCGGCUGGACCUGGCCCACUGCCGCGGAAUCACUGACCAGUCCAUCAACCUGCUGACCGCUGUGGGCUCCUCUACCCGCAACACACUCACAGAGAUCAACCUGGCCGGAUGCAGUAAGCUGACAGACACCUGCCUGUCAUACCUGCGCCGUGUCACCAGCCUGUCCCUUCUGGACCUGCGGUGCUGCGAGCAAAUCACACGCCAGGCCUGCGAGAGCUUCAUCUACGAGCUGUCUGUCAAUGCCCUCUACUGCCUGUCUGAGGACAAGCUCAUCCAGAGGAUAUCAUAGAGCCAAAAUGGCAGGGUGGUGGCUGGGGAUACUUGAGCCAAAAUGGUGGCCUGGUAGCUGCAUACGGACACAGUAGAGGGAGCAAUCUGGCUGAGGGAGGACACACAAGACAAGAGGGCCUCGACUGUCAUUUCCCAAACUGACAGAGUGACUACAAAUUAAAUUGAGGGGAAAAAAUGAAUGACUCCUUGGAGUGAGAAAGAGUUGGGACGGACCUGGAGAGGGAGAGACUCAUGAAGGACCCUACAGUGACCUGAAACUCGGAGAGAAAGGAUGAGACUGUAAAGGAGGAGAGAGAGCUCUCCAAGUUGUCUCACCUCUGGGGUGGAGGACUGGCCUGGUGCAAAGGGAAUCGGCCAAAAUUUAUGUAAAAGCCAAGCGAUCAGUGACGUCGAAAUAGAAGUCCCAAAGAAUGAUGUGUGACAGGGUAGGGGGAGGGAGGGCAGCGGGAGUUCUACACUCAAGCUGUUUUGUGAGAGAGGCCAUGUUACGAGUGGGGGUAUUCCCAGAAUAUUCAUCUUUGACCUCAUCUAGGGUUCAGCAAAGGUACUGCCGUUACUUUGGGGGGAUUCAUUCACUGAGAAAGUGACGGAGGCCAGUGAUCCUGGUACUGCAUACUUUAUCAGGCUUGAGCGCAGUGGUGUGACCAUAUUGUUAAUAUUUCAGUCAUAAAAGCAGCUGUGGGAGGAAAGAAAAAAAAAAGUAUGAGCAAAAAAUAUAGGGUGCUACCAUUCCUUCUAACAUUUCCCAGUACCAAGGAAUAUUUGGUUUUGAAUCUUCAGCUGUUUUAUUUUCAAAAAAUGUCAGAAUUUCUUUUUUUUUUUUUUUACAGCACAAGGGCUAAAUGUCCCAUUUCUCAAUUUGUUCUCCUUUUCCUGCCAAUAACCUUUUCCUCAAUUUUUAGAGGGAUGUUUCUUUUUACCCUGCGUGCUCUCAGUCUUUCUAAGUAUAUAAAAAUUGAUAUAAAUAUGUACUUUUGUUUAUAUUUGUUUUCUCCUAGUAUACAGUGACUGAUAAAAACGGAAUUAUGUAGCAUUAUAAUUAUUUUCUGAAUUUGUGUUUUUCCAACAAAAUAAAAAAGACUAAAUAACA